AUGCAUCCCUUUGUCCUCGUCCACAUCCUUGCCGCUUCGACGUGUUGCCAGGCAUUCGCAUUCCCGGAUGUCUCAUCCCUCAACAUAUUCGAUCGUUCUAUAUUCAGCUCUAGAGAAGCACAAAGUGGAGUAGAUGGGGCAGGUAAAGGAGGUACUAAAAAUGGUCAAAAGCAAGCUCAAGGAUCAGGCUGUCCGGCAGUGUGGUUUGAUAUCUCUAAAGAUCUCACCUCUCGAUUUCUCAAGAAAGGUGUAUGCACCGACGAUGCCCGAGCUGCGAUCCGUUCUUCUUUCCACGACUGUUUCGAUGGCGCCUGCGAUGGAUCUCUUGUACUAGGAGACGAAUGCUUCCGGAGUUCAAACAACGGCCUUCUCGACUGGUCUAUGAAACUCAGGGCUAUAAAAGAACAGUACAACGUCGGAAUGGCUGAUUUGAUCCAGUUUGCCGGAGCCCACGCUACCGUGACCUGCCCGAAAGGCCCUGUCGUCCCUGUCUUCGUCGGCCGGAAAGACAGCUACACACCAUCUAAGGAAGGCUGGCUCCCUCCCGCCAACGCCACCGGCGAUGCCUUACUCAAAGCUUUCCAAUCUAAAGGCUUUACCGCUACCGACCUCGCAGCUCUCAUCGGCGCGCACACCACCGCGAAACAAAACUUCGUCAAUGCGCAGUUCGCUGGCUAUGGGCAAGACAGCACACCCGGAAUUUGGGACGUCAACUACUACAAGGAGACGAUUGACGGGGCCGCGCCCUUUUCGUUCCCAGCUGACAAGAAUCUGGUGAAGCAUCCCAUCGUCGGGCCUCGCUUCAAGGAGUUCGUGGGUAAGCAGCAGAGAUGGAACACAGCGUAUGUGGCUGGUUUCAGGAAGAUGUCGAUGCUGGGUGUCGAGAACAUCGACGAACUCGUUGAUUGCACGAGUGCGUUGCCACGCGGGACCAGGAAGCGAGAUAUCAAAGCUGCACCAAUUGGUGCUAGAUGACAGUGAAGUGGAGGAUAUUGAGAGAGCACUUGUGGCUAUGAUAUCCCUCAUUGCCAUAUCUGAGUUGGGAUUGGAUUUGGGUUGGGGAGCAUCUAGGUGGUGUUCCCAGAGGCGGGUGAUUCGUAGAUAUAUAUUUCGCUCACUUUGCAUCGGAAGUUGUGUGCGAUGUUACGAGGAAGCUCUUGAAAUAAUACUAGCAGCAAAGGUUUAAACCCUACUGUAUUAAAUGGCAGACUGGCAUCUUUCAGCAUACUCAAUGCCACACUCUU